AUGGCAGAAUCAUCAAAUCGUUUUCAUCCUGAUAUUGAACAAAAUACAGUGUAUGAAGAAAGAUUAAGGUCAAAAAAUAUUCGAGACAUGCCAGUUGGUAAUGAACGACUAGCAGCGCUUCGAGAUUUAGGUGCUACUUUUGAUGAAGGACAACAUAAAACAACAAAGAUAGCAACACCAAGUGGAACUCCAAAGCUACCUUCCUUUGUAGAUGCAAGCCAAAUAGAACAUUUACUUCAACAAAAAAAAUCUUAUCCAAGUCCCUUUUCUGCUUCUAUGUCAUCUAAUCGAGAGCCAUUUGGCAGAUAUGGUGAAUGGUAUUAA